AUGGAGGCGCAAAUCCAACAGGCAGUGGAAAUUGCAUUUAAUCCUGCCUCAACGCCUCAAUUAAAGCAACAAGCCCUUGAAUUCAUUGAUGAGAUCAAAGCAACAGAAGAUGCAUGGAACGCAUGUUUGCCAAUCUUGUACUCUGAUCAAGCGCCAGACACUGUCAAGUUGUUUGUGUUCCAAAUCAUUGAUUCUUCGAUCCCAAGCUUGACCGUUGAUCAGUUGGAUUCCCUAAAGUCGUUGUUAUUGGAAUUUUUCAAGGGAAUAGUAGUAAAUAUCGAUGAUUUGUCUUCUACAAGUUCAACCUUCAGCCGACUGGGAUUUUUGAAAAAUAAGUUGGCAACCACUUUUAGCUACAUGUUUUACUACUCUUACUUAAAUAUUUGGCCAGGAUUUUUCAAGACCUUCAUCAAGUUGAUUGAGAAUGAUGACAAUAAUAAACUCAGAAAGUUAACAAUUAUUGAUUACUAUCUCCGGAUCCUCUUAUCCAUUCAUUCAGAAAUUGGCGACCAAUUAUACCAAAAUGACCCCAAAACUGUCGAGGUGUCUAACAACUUGAAAGAUGUAAUUAGAAUGAAUGAUAUGUCCAGCAUUGUCAUGAAUUGGAAAUAUAUUAUCGAGUUUAUUGAAUCUAGCAAUAACACUGAUGACGAAACUGUUGUUGUACUCAAGACUCUCUUUAAGGUGAUUGGGUCUUGGGUCGGAUGGAUUGAUAUCACUUUGAUCAUUGGCGAUAAGUUUUUCUUGGACAAUUUCUACAAGUUUUUCGAAGUAAAGAUGCUAAGAGAUGAUAUCAUUGAAUUGUUUAUGGAAAUAAUUAGUAAAAAAAUGCUGCUGGACAAAAAAAUGGAACUUUUGCAAUUGUUCAAUAUCAAUCAAAUUAUUGCCACAUCAAUGAGCAAGCUACAGCUUUUGAAAUCAGAAGACUUGGAAAACUCAGCUGACGAUGUGAAUUUCUAUGAACAUAUCUCUAAAUUGAUCAAUACCACUGGUAUUGAGUAUUUGAUUAUUAUUGAAAAAUCGGAUUCAAGUAUUGAAUUGAAACAAUUGGCGUUCACUAAACUUAAUGAAAUUUUGCCUUUCUUCUUGGAAAUUUUGCCAAAUGACUAUGAUGAUAUUUCUUUGCAGAUUUUUGGAUUUAUUUCCAAUUUCUUAACCAUCUUGAAGAAGAUUCGCAGAUAUAAUAACACUGAAAUCUUGGAUAUUUCCAACUAUAAUGAUUUCCUUGAAAACUUGCUAACUAAAAUCAUAAUCAAAAUGAAGUAUGAUGAAGAAGAUGAUGGCUUGGGCGAUGAUGAAGAAGAUGAGGAUGUCAGAGAGUUUGAAGAAAUGAGAUCGAAAUUGAAGGUUUUUCAAGAAGCAAUUUCUAAUAUUAACCCAGAUUUAUAUCUCACCACGGUCAAUAACAUCAUUAAUGAAACUUUAUUCAAACCAGAUAUGGUUAAAGAUUGGAGGACUUUUGAAUUGGGGUUGUAUGAAUUGACAAACUUCAGCGAAAUUUUAAGAAUAAACACCAUGAAGUUACCAAAGAAUGAAAUUAAUAAGCUGAAGCCGUUUUUACUUUUCCAAGGUUUCUUGAUUGAUUUAAUCAAUAAGAUGGGGAAUAUGUUAGUUCAAUUAGAUCACCCAUUGAUUCAGUUGUCAUUUUUGGAAUUGAUCACAAAACACUAUAAUUUCUUUAUUAAUGGACCUCCAUCUUCCGGUGUUUCUGAUACUAGUACCAAAAAUUUCAAUGAAAAUAAUGUAUUGACUAACAAUAUUUUGGAAAUCAUCAACUCCAAGUAUGGUUUAUUCAACAAUACUCCAAAGGUUCAAAAAAGAUGCUUCUAUUUGUUUGCUCGGUUUAUUAAGUUGACAAAGCCAAGACUAGAAACCUCAAUUCUCAAGAAUCUUGUGGUGAACUUGACCCAAUCUUUGCUUCUUAUCAAGGCGAAAAUUGAUAAUAAUAGCAACGAUAACAAAAUAAUCGAUCUCGAAAAUGAUGAAGAAGUUCCAGACGACGUGCUUUUCGAUAAUCAAUUGUAUUUGUUUGAGACUGUGGGUUUGUUAAUCUCAUUGUAUGAUGGGGAUAAAAAUGAAAUUGCCGAGAUGAUUGAUUUGGUAUUGAAUCCUAUUUUCAAUGAUUUAAAGCAAUGUAUGGAUAUCUUUGGUAAUUUCAGUUAUCCUUUGGACCAACAACAAAUCUUAUUGCAAGUGCACCAUUGUAUUACUGCUAUGGGAACGUUUGCCAGAGGGUUUGAACAACAGCAGGUUUUGAAGAAUUUAACGGGGACCAAAGAGGUGGUGGGGUUAAAGUUCAAGAACUCUUGUGAAGCUUCUGUGAUGAUUCUUGAACAAUUCAGGAACUUUAGAAUUAUUAGAGACUGCGUCCGUUUCUUAUUUAGUCGGAUGAUGCCAAUAUUACAAGGUGAUAUCCGUGGUUAUUUAACUACUUUGAUUUCUAUAGCCUUGGCGAAUGAAAAGAUGAGCAGUGGAGAAUUGAUCAGUUUUGUCAGUUUUAUCAACCAGAUCAUUUAUCUGUUCAACAAGGAUGGUGAAUUUUAUGAUUUAUUGAACGAACUAGUGGGAUCGCUUAUUGAUAGAAUUUUCAAGACUUUGGAAUGUCAAAAGAUGAUGAUCGAUGCUAAGAUCAAUGAUGAUAGUGUGAAGACUGAUAAGAAAUCUGAUCCAAUUGUUGUGAAUUUGAAGUUACAAAGAGUAAACGUUGUUAAGUCAUACCUUGGGAUUUUAUUGACGAUGAUGAAUAAUCAUGUGUUCAGUGUUUUAUUGAAUGACAUUAAUCAAAAAUGGUUACCACCAAUUUUCAAUUCUGUGUUUGAGUACGUUUGUGACGUGAAGGAUGCGAUGGUUUGUAAAUUGGCAUUUAAUGUGCUACAGAUGAUGGUUGAGUUUUUGAGUGGGGGAGUACUUGCUGAUAAGGAGGAUUGUUAUUAUGUUGUCAAAGGAGGAGCGCCACUUAAGGUUGACGGGGUGAAUGAAUAUUUGUUGAAGCAAAGUGUUGCAGUAUGUUUUGAAAUUCCGUUCAAGAAUAGUGAUUUUGAUUUGAAGGAUGGCCAGAGCCGAUUGAUAAUCAAUGAAGUGGCGAUGUUGUUGAAGCUGUUGUGCAAGUACUACAAUGAUGUAUUUGUGAAAUACAUGGUGGAUGUUUAUUUUGUGGAGAUUAAUUUGCCGGGUGAGGUUGGUAAUGAGUUGAUGCAAGCGACGAUGAAUCUUGGGGAUAAGGAGUUUAAACAAUAUUUCAUUGGGUUUGUUGGAAAGAUGAAAUAG